AUGCACCCCAAUCUUCGUACGGUUGCUACUCCUGCUCUCCCUCCGCUUAUACGAUUUGGUGGAUCAUCUCGUAAUUUCGCGACCACCUCUUCCUUCACCCGACCAUUACUUCCUCGUCCGCAACAUCCACAAUGCACACGUUGUAUCUCCACUUCCACUCCUCUUCUCCCCCGUCAUACCCUCUCACCACUGAACAACGUCAACUCUUCUCUGAUACAUCCUUCGAUACAAAAUCGUGGCAUUGCCAUGACCGCUAUGGCUCCGGGUGCGAUGUUCAGUCAUCCUCCCCCAGAACCUGGAGCAGACUUCAACGUAGUGAUGAUCGGUGCCGGUAACAUUAUGUUUGGUUCAGAUGAGGGUCCUUGGAACCAUUCUUUCCGAUUUGAACACAAACUCGGUCCAAGACUCAAAGUUACUGCUCUGAUUGACCCAUCCACAGCCCGAGCCGAUAAAGUUCUCGAGGGAAAGAGACAAUCUUUCGUAGAAUCCGCUUACAAAGAUACCAAAGUCUACAAGACUAUCGAGGAUUACCAUGCUGAUUUGAAGAAACAGAAGCUCGCUGAUCCUCAUGCUAUCGUCGUCGGAUGUCCCCCAGCCUACAGAGGUGGUACCACCAAAGGUACCGAUCUCGAGAUCAACUUGCUUAAACUCUUCCCCAAGACUGCCUACUUCAUUGAGAAGCCUGUUGGUACUGGUACCGUCGAAGCUGCCAAGGAAGUUACACAGAAACUCAUCCAAAAUGGAAACAUCGUCUCGGUCGGAUACAUGCUCAGAUAUCUCAGAUGUGUCCAGAAGAUGAAACAGAUCAUCCACGAGAACAGCCUUACUGUCAUGGCUACCAAUGCUAGAUACUCUUGUGCGUACGAAGCUAUCGCCAAACCUGCUUGGUGGAACAAGGCCAUCGACAUGGGACCUGUCAUUGAGCAAGGUACUCACUUCUGUGAUUUGUCAAGAUACUUCGGAGGUGAUGUUAACAUCGACAGUGUUGUUGCCCGAUCCGUUGAAUGGUACGAAGAGCCAGGAAGACUUUCUAAGAUCCCCAUCGACGAAGGCAAGAUCGACGAAGAACUCCGAAUCCCCCGACUCACCUCUGCUAUUUGGAAAUAUGAGAACGGUGCUGUAGGGUCAUUCCAACAUGCCGUCGCUUUGCAAGGUACCGCUUAUGCGUGUGAAUUGGAAGUGUGGGCCGAUGGUUACCACAUGCGACUUGUAGAUCCAUACCAAAGCCCUACUCUCUACGUCCGAAGACCAGGAGAUGACCACGAAGAAAGACACUCCUUCACUGACGACGAUCCAUUUUUCUCUGAGGUAUCCAACUUUAUUGACUGUAUCGAAGGUGGUUCCAACCCCCACAUCCUCUCGUCCUUCGAGGAUGCCACCAAGACUUAUGAACUCACAUGGGCUAUCCGAUUAGCUGCCGAAGCCGCUAAAUGGCCUCAAUCCAAAGCUUAA